CACAUGACCAUCGCGAAACGAGACCGGAAGUGAGCCCUGACUUCAUUCAUUUGUCAACAAUAACUCGAUACAUUUCACGAAAACCUCCAGUUUACCACCUGCCACGGGAAUAUGUGCAUAUUUUACGAAGGUUCUUGCGGCUUUCGGACAGAAUUGUGGUGUGGGUGUUUUGUGAGUUCAACAACAGCAAAGUGGUGUUACCUAAGACUCGUUUAAACCCGUGAUGGUGUCUUUUUUUAAAAUUCAAAUUUCAAGAUAAAAAUUACUAGCUUAUCAAUUGUGUGUCUGCACGAUGUUAGGCUUCGCUGCACAAUGAGGUCUAGCACGUAUAAUGAUGGUAACGAAUACGUUUCCGCUGACUUUGUAGCAUGCGGGUACCGGCGGCUCGCGUGCACAGCAAGAAAACGAAAUGAUGAACUUAAUUUUUGACAAAAACAAAUUGAAGAAAGGAAAGACGGCUUUAAAGUAAGAAGGGCUUCAUCAUCAUCAUCAUCAUCAUCAUCAUGGAUGACAAGCAACAGCUGGAGUACAGCGACAGCGAGGAUUUGUUUGGCGACUACGACAGUUUCCUGGACGACGAGUCCCUGCUGGCCAAGCUGGAGCAGGCCGACAAGAUGGUGGCUGUUGGACCCGCCGGAGAAGACUGCUUCCUCGCCGCGGACGCGCCGGACACAGACGCGGCGCGGGAGAAUUCGCCGCACGGUUGUCAGAAAGCCAAGAGGCGCAAAGUACACGGAAGCUCCACCCCUCACGGAAGCCCAGAGGACAGGAAGCGGCACGGCGGCGCGAUGAGGAGAAGCAUAAGCGAGCGCGUGAAGAUGAUGCUGCGAAGCAACGCGACGGCGCCCGCCGGCCCCUCCCGUUCUGCGGCCAUGAAGGAGGCGGCGCUGAGUCACGAGAUCGGCGGCGCCGUUCGGGCCGUGGAGGCCGCUCGUGCGGACGCCAACGACUUGGGACCUUUUUUUGGACUCCCCGCCAAAGUCAAAGACCUCCUCUUCACGCUCAGGGGAAUCCGCAGCCUCUACGCAUGGCAGGAGACGUGUUUGGGUCUGGAUUGCGUGUCGGCAAGGAGGAACCUGAUCUACACGCUUCCCACCAGCGGCGGCAAAACCUUGGUGGCCGAGCUGCUUAUGAUCCGCGAGCUGCUGUGCAGGAAUAACAACUGCAUCUUCGUCCUGCCGUAUGUGGCCCUCGUCCAAGAGAAGGUUCGCGGGCUGGCGGGCUUGGGUCUGGAGCUGGACUUCCUGGUGGAGGAGUACGCCGGGAGCAAGGGGAGGUUCCCGCCCGUCAAGAGGAGGGGGAAGCGCUCGCUCUAUGUGGCCACCAUCGAGAAGGCGCACGCUCUGGUCAAUGCGCUCAUCGAGGAGGACGCGCUGUCACGCGUCGGCCUCCUGGUGGUGGACGAGCUGCACAUGCUCGGCGAGGGGAGUCGAGGCGCUUUGCUGGAAAUCACCCUGGCCAAAGUGUUGCAUCUCAGCCAAGACACGCAGAUCAUCGGCAUGAGCGCCACCUUGGGGAACAUCGCUGAGCUGCAAACCUUCCUCAAGGCUGAAAACUACCACGACGACUUUCGACCUGUGCGUCUGAAAGAGUACGUGAAACUGGGCGACGGCAUCUAUGAGGUGGACCCCAAGGAGGAGGAGUGUUUCCGCUUGUGUCGUCGUGUGGAGUUGAAGUACUCGAGCGCCAUGCAGAAGGUGGACCCGGACCACAUCAUCGCGCUUGUGACGGAGGUGAUCCCCAAACAUUCUUGUCUGGUCUUCUGUCCCACGAAGAAGAACUGCGAGAACGUGGCUGUCAUGAUUUGCAAAUACCUCCGACGGGACUUCCUGCAGCACCGGCAGGAGGACAAGGAAGCGCUCCUGCGCGAUCUGAAGGGGUGCGGAAACGGUCAGCUAUGCCCGAUUCUGAGGAGGACGGUCCCUCUGGGCGUGGCCUACCAUCACAGCGGCCUGACGGGCGACGAGAGGAAACUGCUGGAGGACGCCUACUCCGCCGGCGUCCUCUGCCUCAUCGCGUGCACGUCCACGCUGGCCGCCGGCAUCAACUUGCCUGCGCGAAGAGUGAUCGUACGCUCGCCGCUGGUGGCGCGGGACGCGGUCAAGACCAGUCAGUACAAGCAGAUGGCAGGUCGCGCCGGGCGGGCGGGGCUGGACAGCGAGGGCGAAAGCAUCCUCAUCCUGCAAGAGGCGCAGCGGGAACAGGCCAAGGCGCUGUUGUGCGCCCCCGUGGAGAAUUGUUACAGCUGCCUCCUCGCCGACGACCGCAAAAGCCUGCUCAGCCUCAUCCUCUCCCUCGUGGGCUUAAAAGUGGCGUCGCGCGUGGAGGAUCUGGAGGACUUUGCGCGCGGGACGCUGCUGUUUGUGCAGCGCGAGCGGGCCGGCCUGUGUCUGGAGGAUGUCCUGCGGGAGAGCGUCGACCUUCUCAAGAUCAAAGGUCUUCUGCAUGUGCAAGGCCACGCCUUACAAGUCACGCAUUUGGGCCGGGCCACUUUUAAAGGUUGCGUGGACGUGAGUCACAGUGAAAUUCUGUACCAGGACCUCCAGCAAGGCCUGGAGGGCCUUCUGCUCAGCAGUUUUCUUCACCUGAUCUUCCUGGUGACCCCGUAUGACCUCGCCGCCGCCUGCACACCGGACUGGAUGACUUUCUACACGCAGAUGUCGUUGUUGUCAUCGUCGGAGCUGAAAAUGUGCGCGAUGGUGGGUGUUCCGGAAAGUUUGGUGGCCAGGAAGGCGGCUGGACAAAGCGUCAACAAGAGUGCCAACAUGUGGGUGGUGAAGCGCGUGUAUUUGUCGUUGGUUCUGAUGUCACUGCUGAAGGACGGUGACGUUUGGGGCGUGGCCCAAAAGUUCCAGCUCACUCGCGGCUUCAUCCAGUCGCUGCUCAACUCGGCCGCCGCCUUCUGCUCAUGCGUGCUGCACUUCACGCAGGAGCUGGAAACCUUGUGGCCUUACUGUUCCCUGUUGGAAACGCUGACGCGUCGUCUCAGCUACUGCGUGAAGGCGGAGCUUAUCCCACUGAUGGAGGUGGCGGGGGUCAUGGAGGCUCGCGCCAAGCAGCUCCAUGCCGCCGGAUACACGACACUGUCGCACUUGGCCAACACCGACGCCACCCUGCUGGUCAGGGCGGUGGAGCGCCUCAGCAGGAAACAGGCCACCCUCAUCGUGGCCUCAGCCAAAAUGUUGCUCAUUGAGAAGGCGGCCGCGCUGCAACAAGAAGUGGAUCAUCUGCUCGCCGCGCCGCCUGACCUGCCUGACUGAACAACAUGUUGCAGGACAACCAUCGAUGUUUACGUCUUCAAGUUAGCUUAGCGUAGCCAAUAUGUCCUCUUGUCAGGUUAGCGUAGCCACUAAUGCACCAAGAUUUUCCUACGAUUGGAAGAAAACAGCACACCCACAAGUCUUAUUUUUUAUAUUUCACUUUUUUAAAACACAUGUACACUUAUGAAAUAUGUCGAUGACAAAAUAAAUGUCUGUUAAAAAAAACUGUGCGU